AUGGUUGGUGUCUCACUGCAGGACAAAGACGGCUACAUCGAGAUGUCCUACAUCGAGAUAUACAACGAGGAGAUUUUCGACCUGUUCUCCCAGUGUGUCUCCAAAUUGAGUCUCUUUCGGGACAUAACCUCCAAAGUUCGGGCUGUGGGUCUCCACUCCACCAAAUGUGAGUUUAUUGCCCACGAGGAGAAGAGACAGUUGGGAAUUGUUCAUUUAAAACAAUUUAUGGAUGAUGCCAAACAAACGGUGUUGGAUCUCAUUGAAUGUGCUCCCAAACACGAGUUAUCACGUGUCCCUCCUGUUGACCCACUCGAGAAUGGACUGAGAGAGUGUGUCCGAUCAGACUUGGAGGGUCUUCGCCUGUUGGAGAUGGACUUGGAACAAUUCCGUGGAAGAAUGGGGGAUGAUGACACAAAAUUCACGAAUGAGCUCAUAUCUCACCUGGUUGUGUCGAAUUAUAUAUCUGAAUCAACAGAGAAGUUGUGUUCGAGAGCAUUCCAUGAGUACCUUAAUGAAAAGCCUGAUUGUAUAGUUCAUGUCAAAAGUACACAAGGAAAAAGGAAGACUACACGCAAAUACCAGACUGAUUUUUUAUUACUAGGCUUCAUCCCAUCAAGUGCUGAUUCUAAGAGGCCUGAAUGUGUGGACUGUGGCUUAGUAAUGACAAAUGUUUCCAUGAAGAAAUCAAAAUUGUUCGCCCAUCAACAGUUGAAGCAUCCUGCUUCUGUUGGAAAGGAGCGCAGCUAUUUCAGGAAGAAAGUGGAGUUACGCCAAAAGAAUGCUCCAAAAACUUUAGAAUUCUGCUUAAAAAAAGCAAAUGAGCAUAAUAACAAGACACUAAAAGUCAGUUAUGCAGUGAGUGAACUGGUUGCUAAGGUGGGGAAGCCACAUACAAUUGCAGAACGUCUGGUGAAGCCAGCAAUGUUGAUCUGUGCUAAAGAACUGCUAGGAGAACAGGCUGCCAACAUUCUACAAAAAAUCCCAUUGUCUAAUGACACAGUGAAGAGAAGGCAAAUUGAAAUGGCAGAAAACCUCGAGAAACAGCUUGUGGAAAAAUUAAAAGUUUCUAAGUUCUCACUACAAAUUGAUGAGACAACAAUCAACAAUUCUGCCUUAUUACUUACUUAUGUCCGAUAUAUUGAUGCAAUGGCAAUUCAUGAAGAAAUGUUAUUUAUAAAAAAGUUGAUUGACACACGAAGCGACACUAUAUAUGCGGCUGUUUACGACUAUCUGUACGAUAAUGGGAUCCCUCUGUCAAAUCUGUUGCAGAUUGCAACAGACGGUGCCAGCGCUAUGACCGGCAAACAGAAUGGCUUUGUAGCUAAAUUAAAAAAAGUUGCCCCUCAUAUAUUGGCAAUUCAUUGCAUCAUCCAUCGAGAACAUCUUUGUGCUAAAUCUCUCAAUGAUGACAUGGAACAUGCAUUGAAAGUCGCUGUUUCAACAGUGAAUUUUGUCAAAGCCAAUGCUUUGCAUGACCGCCUAUUUCAACAUUUAUGUGAACAUGAGGACCACCAGAGACUCCUCAUGCACACUGAAGUGAGAUGGCUUUCCAAAGGAAAUUCCCUAGUUCGUCUUGCUGAAAUGUGGGAUAUGGUUCUUAUUUUUGUUCAUGACAUAAAACACAAGCUUGUAGCAAGAAGCAGAAAGAUAAAGCUGAGACUUUGUUUUCAGUGA